GCACGGAGCCCGAGGAGAGAUCUGAGCUUUGUCACGCAGUUAGUCAUAAAUAAAUAGUUUCCCACCGAUGCUGCUGCGGGUGAACUUUUUUAUUUGUGAGACGGAUUUUCAUCAUGGGAAACUGAAUUUGAAAGGAGACGCAGGUUUUGGAUACGGCUCACGCGUAAUUGCGCACAAGAAAGUGUCCGUUUAGCAGCUCCCCGCGCGCACCGAUCUCUCCGCUGGACCGCCUGGACAUGGAUCAGACCCAGCAGUGUGUGGCCAUGUAUCUGCUGGUGCUCUCGCUCGGACUCCUCACGGAGAGGGGGGUCUGUCAGCACUACUACCUUCUCCGCCCCAUCCCGAGUGACAGUCUGCCGCUGGUGGAAUUAAAGGAGGACCCAGACCCCGUCUUCGACCCCAGGGAGCGGGACCUUAACGAGACGGAGCUGAAGAGCGUCUUGGGGGACUUUGACAGCCGCUAUUUGUCCGUUUUGCCGCCCGUGGAGGACAGGUACACCGGGAACGACGAGCUCGAUGACUUUGAGGUGCAGAAGCCCGGUGGAGUACUCCCGAAAGAAAUCCGAGCGGUGGACUUCGACGUCCAGUUCGGCAAGAAGCACAAGCCCAGUAAGAAACUGAAGAGGCGGCUGCAGCAGUGGCUGUGGGCGUACUCGUUCUGCCCGGUCCUGUACACGUGGACCGACUUGGGGACCAGGUUCUGGCCGCGGUUCGUGCGCGUGGGCAGCUGCCUCAGCAAGAGGUCGUGUUCGGUUCCGGAGGGGAUGGUGUGUAAACCCGCGAACUCGACCCACCUGACGAUACUGAGAUGGAGAUGCGUGCAGAGGAAAGGGGGACUCAAAUGCGCCUGGAUACCGGUGCAGUACCCGAUCAUCACAGACUGCAAAUGCUCCUGUUCAAGUUAGAAAAAAAGAAAAAAAGACUGAAUAAUAAAUUAUAAGCUCAUUCAUUUUGUGAUUCUUUUUUUUUUGUUUUUCACGUGCACUACCGAGUGUAGGAAUGUAUUUUCUGUAUAUGUGGUGCCAUGCAGCUCUAUAUAGCUCCCUGUACAAAGUCAGUAUUAUUUGUAACCAGAGCCUACUUUAUUUGUGGAGAUUAUUGGUUAUAUAUUUUGUAUUUAUGGAGAUAUGGUGCAUAGAGCCACGUAAGGACUUGCUGUUUUUUCCAUAUUUGGAGUAAAGCAGAUCGACCUCAAGAGUUAAAACGUGGAUUAUUGAUACGUGUUUUAUCCUGUAAAUUAAGGAAAUGUGCUAUUUAUUCUUUAU